AUGUCCGACAGUGUUCGUGUGUGUUCAGAUUUACAGUGUGGAUCAGAAACUACCUCUGGGCUCAAAUGCCCCAUUUGCUUGAAGCAAGGCAUCGAUCAGCCGUUCUGCGAUGAGGGCUGCUAUAAAAACAGCUACAAGGCUCAUAAGUCACUCCACUGGAAAGAUGACAAACCAAAUUCGUACGAUCCGUUCCCCAAGUUCAAGUACACGGGUGACCUGAGAGCCGCAUACCCUCUUACGCCCAAAAGAGUGGUUCCCAAGGGAAUCGAUGUGCCAGAAUGGGCUGAAGAUGGGCUUCCUCGUCUAGAACAGCGUAACGAUGCCACCAACAAGAUCAUAAUCUACUCGAAGGAAGAGAUCAAGCGAAUCCGUAAGGCUUGUAUGCUUGCCAGAGAGGUUCUCGAUAUGACCGCUGCAGCCGUGAAACCCGGCGUGACAACCGAUGAGCUUGAUCGCAUCGCACACGAGGAAACCGUGAAAAGACAAUCGUAUCCGUCGCCUUUGAACUACUACAACUUCCCCAAAUCUUUGUGCACGUCCGUGAACGAAAUCGUGUGCCACGGGGUUCCGGAUCAAACCGUGUUGAAAGAAGGCGACAUUGUAAAUCUGGAUGUGUCGUUGUUUUGGAACGGCGUGCACGCGGAUCUCAACGAGACCUACUACGUGGGCGACAACAUAUCGAAAGAGGCGAUCAACACGGUCGAGACGUCAAGAGAGUGUUUGAAGGCUGCCAUCAAGCAGUGCAAGCCCGGCACCACGUUCCAGGAGCUGGGUGAUCACAUUGAGAAGCACGCCAAGGAAAACAAAUGCUCUGUGGUCAGAACCUACUGCGGCCACGGUGUGGGCCGAUUCUUCCACUGUGCGCCCAGCAUUCCGCACUACGCCGGAAAUCGAACCUCAGGCGUUAUGCAGCCUGGAAUGAUCUUCACUGUCGAGCCCAUGAUCAAUGAAGGUUCUUGGCAGGACGUCACGUGGCCCGACGACUGGACCUCUUCUACUAAAGACGGUAAGUUAAGUGCACAAUUCGAGCACACUUUGCUUGUGACAGAACACGGUGUGGAAAUUUUGACCGCCAGAAACAAGAAAUCGCCCGGUGGACCCAGACCCCGGAGAAAGUGA